AUGACUGAAACGCAACUCUCCGAUCGGUUCUUCUACCAAAGCUCGCUGAAGAGCGAUCCAGUGAUCAAGGUGUCUUUAGGAAAGCGCGUACCAUUUGUGAUCGAUUUGACUCAAGGUUCGUAUCAAAAUGUCGUCGUUACCAUCGAUGUUACGGCUCAGCGCAAUGGAAGCGAAGGAUUUGCUUCGCUACAUGACGCUUACGCCAUGCUUUCAUACAAGUUAUCGAUGCGGAACGGUGCGACAGCCCAGACAGCUGCGGCCAAUCGUUUCCACGCGACUCUGAAAUGUGGUAAUUGGAAUGUUAUUGAUUCGAUAAGUUUGGAGCUCAACGGUAAGACCAUUUCCUCAAUACGUUGA